AUGAUGGCCCCCGGCGACGCACAGGACCCCAGUGGGCUGCUCCACAAGGAGGCGCCCACGACCGUGAACGACGACGACGACACCCUGGCCGUCGAGCGCAGCCCGGACCUUCGGUACACCAGGUACAAGCAAAUCAUGGGACGCGGGGCGUUCAAGACGGUGUACCGGGCGUUCGAUGAGGAGGAGGGCAUCGAGGUCGCGUGGAACCAGAUCCGCGUGAACGACCUCGUCACUACUCCCGACGCCGUCGAAAGGAUAAUGCGCGAGGUCGACAUGCUGAAGCGCAUGUCGCACAACUCGAUCAUUCAGAUGCACGACUCGUGGGUCGAUCGCGAGAACGCCCACGUCAACAUGAUCACCGAGCUCUUCACCGCCGGGUCCCUGCGACAAUACCGCAAGGAGCACCGGCACCUGGACCCGAAGGUGCUGAAGCGGUGGGGGUACCAGAUCCUGAUGGGGCUCGCGUACCUGCACGGCCACGAGCCGCCGAUCAUCCACCGCGACCUGAAGUGCGACAACAUCUUCAUCAACGGGUCGAGCGGCGAGGUCAAGAUCGGCGACCUGGGCCUCGCCACGGUGUUCAAGGCGGCGGCGGCCUCGGGGGGCGGGCCGGGCUUCUGCAUGUCGGUGCUCGGCACGCCCGAGUUCAUGGCGCCGGAGCUGUACGAGGAGAACUACAACGAGCAAGUGGACAUCUACUCCUUCGGCAUGUGUCUGCUGGAGCUGGUGACGCUGGAGUACCCGUACAGCGAGUGCACGAACCCGGCGCAGAUCUACAAGCGCGUGAUGCAGGGCAUCAAGCCCAAGGCGCUGUCGCGCGUGCGCGACCCGGAGCUGUCGGCCUUCAUCGCGCUGUGCCUCGAGUCGGACCCGGAGCUGCGGCCGACGGCGGGGGAGCUGCUGAAGCACGACUUCUUCGCGUCGGUUGCGCGCGGGGACGACUCGGACUCGGAGGACGACGACGGGGCGAGCAGCGCGCGCAUGGCGCCGGCGUCGGGCGGCGGCCCGCACGUGUCGUUCGCGCCGGGCGGGCUGCGGCACGGGCUGGUCCACACGAUCCCGGAGGGCGAGGAGCCGGCGUCGUCGCACCGGCGGGCGCCGUCGCAGCCGCGGUCGACCACCUCGCGCCCCGACGAGAGCGGCGGCGCCACGCGCGAGGGCACGCAGCCCGGCAACAGCACGACGACGGCCGACGACGACGACGAGGGCGGCGACCCGUUCGCGGACAGCGGCGACGAGUACGCCGGCAGCGGCGGCACGUCGGGGCGCCCCUCGGAGCUCUCGGACGCCCAGCAACCGUCGGUGCUGGGCAACGGGCCCUCCGGGAAGUCGUACCCGUCGCUGCAGGACGCGGAGAAGAUGCGGCAGCUCGAGGCCGGGAGCUCCCGUAAGGGCCGGCACCAGUGGGGCGGGGCGCAGCUGUCGCUCGAGGGCAUGGACGCCUCCCCGCCGCGCACGAACGACGACGCCCAGUACGACCCGACGCCGCCGCGGGGCAGCUACGCGAACGUGGUGCAGUCCGACAGCGUGCCCCGCGCGUCCGCGGCGCGGCGCAGCUUCACGCGGUACGCGAGCGACCGCUCGAUGCGCAGCGACAUGGGCGUGGGCGGCAACGCGUCGCCGCCCACGAGCGUGCACUCGCCGGACGACGCCAACGGGCGGCGCGAGACCCUCCCCGCGCGGCACCAGCACCACGGCGCGACGCCGCUGUCGACCCCGCACGCGCCCGGGCCCGACGCCGAUGCGCAGCGCCGGCAGCAGUGGGUGCGCCGGGAGGACAUGUACAUCCGCGUGACGGGCAAGCCGGACCCCGAGGAGCCCGGGCAGGUUCUGCUGUACAUUAAAUACCUGUCGGAGAACGGCCGCAUCAAGACGAUCAAGGGCCCGUUCAACCUCGCGGAGGACACCAUUGCCGGCAUGGUCGACGAGCUGCGCGAGGGCGUGCCGGACCUUGCCAACCUGGGCGAGCUGGACACGGCCAUCAUCUGCGGGCAGAUCCGGCGCGUCGUGCGGACGAUCUUCCCCGGCUGGGACACGAAGGAGGAGUUCCCCACGUUCGACAGCAACGGCGCCGAGGCCCUGGACGACAACAUCGCCGCGCGGAUGGGCCUGAUGCACCGGAACGACUCCACCGCGUCGAUGGCGGAGCGCCUUGGCGCGGACCCGCGCCUCCUGCGCUCCGGGUCGCUCCGCCAGGGCGCGGCGGCGGCGUCGGCGGCGGAGCGCCUGGAGAGCGCGGGCGUCGAGUACGACCACCACGCGUACGACCCCAGCGCGGGCGACCGGUCGUCGCACGGAAACCUGCCGCGGCGCCCGCCGCGGUCGCUCAUGGGCAGCGCGGCGGGGACGGGCGCGGCGAGCGUCAACGAGGCGGCGCUGUACAGCGCCGAGGACGGCGGCGGCGGUGACGAGUUCACGCAGGACGACCAGGCGCGGAUGCAGCAGCUCCAGGAACAGCUCAAGCAGCUCCAGGAGAAGCAGCGCAGGUCGAAGGAGGCCUCGCGGCACCCCCAGGGGUCGGCGCAAUCCGGCGGCGGCGGGUACUACGACGGCGGCGACGCGUUCACGCCGACGCCCGGCGCGCGGUCGCAGGGCAUGUCCGACAACGAGAUCAACGGCGCGCCCGCGCCCGCGGCCGCGCCCGCGCAGCCGCAGAUCCCCAUCAUGCACCCGUACGAAGCACUGGCGGGCAACGUGUCGGGGUCCGAGUCCGAGUCCGGCGCCCCGACGCCCAACCUCGUCGACGGCGCGGACGGCCGCGAGGCGUGGGUCGCGCCGGCGGGCGACCUCGCGGACCACGACGACCGCGAGCUGCGGUUCACCUCGGUCAUCGGCAGCAGCGUAGGCACCGGCAUCUCGCCGCGGACGUCCGCGUCGGCGACGCCGCCGCCCGGGGCGCCCGCGGACCUGCAGCCCGCGGCGGCGGCGGUGUCGGUGAGCGUGCCGCUCGCGCGGAUCGACAAUGCGCUGGUGGUGUCGCCCGAGGUGGCGUCGAGCAUCCCGGUGGGGUCGCUGAACGUGUGGGGCGGGUCGUCGAUGCCGGUGCUGCUGACGAAGAACGACAGCGUGCCGGGGACGUCGACUUCGUCGCUCGCCGGCCGCGGCGACGGCGUGGACUCGAGUGCGCUGAGCGAGAUGUCGGGGGCGCCGGCGGGGGAGAGCGACAACGGGAGCGACGUGUUCGCCGAGGGCGCGAUCUGGGGCACCUCGGACGACCUCCCGCGGCGCGCCCCGCCGCCCCCGCCGCCGCACAGCAACAGGCGAAAAUCGCAGGGCGCCAACGGGCGCGUAGCGGCCUCCGAGGACGCCCUCGCAGCGGCGAUGUCGCAGAUGAACACGCGGAACGGCGGGUGA